UCAGAACAGUUUAUUCAUAACCUCGUUAGAGUAAUAGUGUUCUGCGUCCUAUCUGUGUCUAAAGAAAUUUUUUAUUUUACUCGACUGUGUUACUUUUUUGUCGUGUGAAUGAUAAACUUAAUAUUAGUUUUGUAACUUAACUGGUAUAACUUUAAUUCGAGUGAAUAUUAGAAAUUAUCAAAUCUUUCCAAGAUGAGUUAUAGGGAUUCUCAUUCACUGUAUUCAAGAUAUUACCCAUCGUAUACUGCGACCAAAGACCACCGCUUAGCUUCACAUCUCAGGACUUCCACGCUAUAUGGAGUGCCGCAGUCUUCGGUGCUGGGUUCCAUAGCAACAUACAGGUCGAGACCAUCAGAGUCUGUCAGUUUCACACCCACGCCAGAUGUCAAUGAAGUGUAUCCGGGUCUCUUUGUCGGUGAUGCUGUGGCUGCGAAGGACAAAGCAUUUCUAAAGCGAAUGGGAAUCAACUAUGUGCUCAAUACUGCCGAGGGCAAGCGAUACACGCAGGUGGAUACCGACCACAUGUACUACCGCGACUGCCCAGGACUCCGCUACAAGGGCUUCCAGCUCAUGGACAUGCCGUCCACAGACAUCUCUAGAUACUUCCACAUUGCGGCCAACUUUAUCGACGACGGCUUAUCGCGAGGUGGCCGAGUAUUAGUCCAUUGCUUCAUGGGGGUGUCGCGGUCCGCAACGUGUGCGCUAGCCUUCCUGAUGAUCAAACGAGGCAUGACGUUCACGGAGGCGGUCGCUCUGGUGCGCUCACGACGCGACAUCCAUCCGAACGAGGGGUUCGUCCGCCAGCUCCAGGAUCUAGACAGGGAGCUACGCGUGUGCAGGGUUCGCUGACAUCAUGCUGCCUCUGAGCCAUUUCUCGGGAUACCUUUUCGGUAUGGCUCACAACAGUUGCGCGCGAGAAGUCUGGAUCGAGCUUAUUCUAGUCGCUAUUCAUAGAAAUUACUGUAAAAUAUUAUUUUGUUGUAUAGGGAAGAAGUCACAGUCUAAAGUUUAAUAAUAGAUGCCAAUGCUCGUUAGAAGAGUAUUGUUAAUUUUGAUAAGUAUAUACAAAUGUAUGUUAGAUCUGCACAUAGUAGGUCUUUUUCAUAGAUCGUAGUUGCUAGAUAGAAAUAUGAUUCAUAUAUUUAUUCUAUGUAAUAUACCUGCAUACACAGUAUUACACAAACCAAAUGAAAUAUAAACUUUAUAUCUACGUUAUUAUAUAUUCUAUAGUGACAUAAUACAUGUAUAUAUAUCAUUAUAGAAUAAUGUAUAGUCGGGCCGCAUACCGGAGCCCUAACACACGUGUCUCCUAAAGUAAACGACAUUUACGCAGUUAAAUCCCUUUCACUUUUAAAUUAUUAAAGCUAUAAAUAUUACAUAGAAUUAAGAAUUUUAUGUGCCAUUAUAACUUAUAUUUUGAACUUAAAUAUUUCUUAUGUACUUUUACUAACUAUAGUACAAUUCUAGCUUUAUAAGAUUAAUUGUUAUGAACGAAAUUUGCAUUUUGGGAUUAAAUCCCAUAUUGGUUGCAAUUGCGAUAUUUAUUCUCAAUGGAAUAGUAUCUAAUAGACUAAUUACCAAUAACUAUUGAUGAUGGAUUGUUGGUGCCUUCGAUACUGAAUGUGAACUUUUACGUGUGGAGUAAAAUACCAAUAAAAAUAGCACUUAUUUCAGGUUUUCUUAACGAGAGUGAGAAUAACACUUCAUUAUUUAUUACAAGUAGAUAUUAUAAAAUUUCAAUUUAAUUCCAUAUUUUGUAAAAUUCAUUAGGUAAUAUUGAUUUACAAAAGUAAAACUAACUACAUCUGCAACGCCUUAAAUUGUGAAGCUGAAUCAUUAAUUUCAACUACUGCUUUCAAGUCAGGUUGGCUGAGUAGGCUUUUAGGUGCCAGAUUUAAGUUCUGGUUCCCUAAAUAAAGGUAGGGUUCGAACCCCCACAUGUUCUGACAAAGGUUUUUUUUAUUACUAUGUUGAUUUAAAUAAAAACUUUAAAGGAUUAAAACGCGGAAAACAACUAUGACAUUGAUACUAUCUCAACUGCUGACAACCACAGACCGCUGAAAACGUGCUCGGAAAUGCUUCCGAAACGUUGGAUUAAAUAAAAUAAUAAUAAUGUAACUUUUAUGUAAUAAUUUAUGUAAAAGAAAACCACAGUUACAAUUACACGCGUUAUAAUCCUUUAAAAGUGUUUUUUUUUAAAAGAAAAUACUGUUAUGUUGAUAUAAAUAUGUAAUUUUUUGAAUUUAUUUUUUUAAAAUAGAUUAUAUUUUGUGCUUUGAAAGUGUUUUCCAGAUAUUUUAGUAAUACACGUCGCUGGGUUAUUUACAGAGAAAUAUGUGAAUUUUAUUGUAAUAUAAGUGAUGCCAUUUAGGGUUUAAGUCUCGAGUGAAUCUCUUAGGCACUGGUGUGUAUUAUAAUAAUCAAUAGAGAAGCUAGUCGCAAGUGUGUCAUUACCCUUUAAGAUGUCAAGGUUUGAAAAUUCGCUUUCGAUGCCAAGUCUCUAUCUUGGCAUGUGGCCGCACGUGAGGCAGUACCUACUCGUCACGUUUUAUAAAUAUAUUUACAGAGUAUUGCUCACCUAAUAGUAACAAUGGUUUGAUGUAACUAAACACUUAUGUUGGAAACAUUUUUAUGAGCUAGACAGGUUUAGUGUUGUUGUAGUUGAUAUUUUUUUUAUAGAAAAGGAGGACAAACGACCGUACGGACACACCAGAGGAAUCACAGGAGCGUUGCCGACCUUUAAGGAAAGUGUGCGCGCUUUUUUGAAGGUACCCAUGUCGUAUCGUCCCCGAAACACCGCACAAGGAAGCUCAUUCCACAGCUUGGUAGUACGUGGAAGAGAGUUCCAUGAAAACCGCACUAUAGAGGAUUUGCACACAUCCAGAUGGUGGGGAUGAUAUCCUGACUUGUUGCGUAUCGUGCGAAAGUAGAAUUCGGCUGUAGGAAACAGCUCUUCGGAACACUCCCUGUGGUAAAUGCGGUAGAACACACGCAGAAGAGACGUCUCUACGCAAUGCCAUGUGAUCCAGCCGUUCAGAGAGCACUGGGUCCCCGACAAUCCGAGUUGCGUUGCACGCGGUCAAUCGGAUCGAGCUGAUACUGGGGUGCGCCAGACCAGAGAUGACAGCAAUACUCCAUGUGUGACCGGACCUACGCUUUGUACAGCGCUAGAAUGUGGGCCGGCUUGAAGUAUUGCCGUGCUCUACGCCCAGCUUCUUCGAAGCCAAUUUGAUUAUAUUUUUUUUUAAAUGUAGAACAUUUUUGGUCAGAAACAAAGAUUAUUAUUGAAUUUAUUAUAUCUUCUAUUUAAUUCUUUCCUAAUUUAACCUAUACUAUUAAUAAAAGAAGAAGUUAUUGCCAUUAAUUUUUUGCUUAAUAAUUUCAGUAUCCUAACAAUAUAUUUUGAGUAGAAUAAAUGUAAAGUGUACUUUAAAAUGAAUAAAAAUGUAUUCAUUUGAAGGUACAAUUUAUUAUUCUAAAACGUACCUACAGAGGCUCAUAUUCAGAUGUUAUAUUUGACUGAGAUAAAUUUUAUAACUGAUUAUAAGUUUUAUAACUUCAUUUUUAAUUCAUAGAAGAAAGUUAAUAUUUUAAUAUUAUUUAAUAUAAUUAUCAAUGUUGAAGUUUUCUAAAAGUCUAACGCCAACAUCUAUUAAAUUUUAAUAAUUCUGUUAUUGAAAAGGAUUAAGAAAGGUUUUCAGAUAAAAGGAUUAAAUUAAAUUUAUAUUCGAGAGUACUGAUGGCAGUAAUUAGCUGAAUUGUUAUAAUAUAUUAUUUAACACAGAUUGAGAGCUGUUGAUAUAGUUGAACCUCUCCAAUACAUGCAUAUUAUAUUAAAAAUAAAACUAAGUAUUGUGAAUAAUUUGUUAUUGAAAUAAAAUUUAAUGCCUAUUUCA